AUGACGACCAUGGAUCUUAGGGUCGGCAACAAGUACCGUAUCGGCCGAAAAAUCGGGAGUGGAAGUUUUGGUGACAUCUAUUUGGGCACCAAUAUCAUCUCUGGAGAAGAAAUUGCCAUCAAACUUGAAAGUGUCAAGGCUAAGCACCCUCAGCUGGAGUAUGAGGCUCGUGUCUACAAGUCCUUGGCUGGAGGAGUUGGCAUCCCGUUUGUUCGUUGGUUCGGUACCGAAUGUGACUACAAUGCCAUGGUCCUCGAUCUGCUUGGGCCUAGCUUGGAGGAUCUCUUCAACUUCUGCAACCGCAAGUUCUCCCUCAAGACUGUCCUUUUGCUCGCCGAUCAGCUCAUCUCCCGCAUCGAAUACAUUCACGCCAAGUCUUUCAUUCACCGUGACAUCAAGCCCGACAAUUUCUUGAUGGGCAUCGGCAAGCGCGGCAACCAGGUCAACGUUAUCGACUUCGGUCUAGCAAAGAAAUACCGUGACCCGAAGACUCAUUUCCACAUCCCAUAUCGUGAGAACAAGAACUUGACCGGAACAGCUCGAUAUGCUAGUAUCAACACCCAUCUCGGUGUCGAGCAGUCUCGUCGUGAUGAUAUGGAAUCCCUUGGCUAUGUGAUGCUCUACUUCUGUCGUGGUUCUCUUCCAUGGCAAGGACUUAAGGCCGCAACCAAGAAGCAGAAGUAUGACCGUAUCAUGGAGAAGAAGAUGACGACGCCAACCGAGACUCUCUGCCGAAACUUUCCCAACGAAUUCGGCACAUAUCUGAACUAUACCCGUAAUCUCCGCUUCGACGAUAAGCCCGACUACUCUUAUCUCCGCAAGAUCUUCCGUGAUCUCUUCGUCCGCGAGUCAUUCCAAUAUGAUUAUGUGUUCGAUUGGACCGUCUACAAGUACCAGAAGAAUGCGGCGGCCAUCGCAGAGCAGAGCCAGACUCAGGACCCAAACGCCGAAGAGAAGUCCACUCGUCGAGCAACCAAUGUAGCCACAGCUGGGGUCCUUACUCCUCACAAUCCGUCCGCUACGACCAAACCACCCGCCACCUCUACCAACCGCCGCAACAAGAUUGCAGGAAGAGGUGACGAGUUUCAACCAGGGGAUAGUGAUAGGAUGUGA